AUGGCGUUUGGGAAGUUUCUAGGGCUGGGUCGAGCGCAUUUAGGAGCACGAGAAGGUAUGUUAGAGACGGUUUCUCUCACCUUUCCUCCGAACUCCUUGGACCGUAAUGAGUCGAAGUAUCCUCUUCUACCUUCACCUUCCUUUCUAAUUGUUUCUUCUCGGAUAGAAUAUCGCUAUCUUACUUUUCUUCGCGAAGGCCUUAGGGUACAAUUGCUUAGACAGGGCUCUUCUUUUCUGGAGGACCGGCUUAAACUUGCAAUUAUCCUUUUACCUCAUCUAGCUCACCUCAUAAUUGACUUCUGUUUCUCAAACUUCACUUACACCUACAUCAUCAACUUAUUGAUCUACAGCACUCAAAUCAGCCCACACCACGCAGCUUGUACCUCAACUCCCAAGCUCGCCGCCUUAGUAUCCUCACAAACCCACAAACUCGACAAUAUACCGAAAUCAGGAGGCUCUACACACCGCUUCCCAAAAAUGACAACGGAGAAACUCGAACCUAGCAAUGAUCUCCCGUACAGUUGGACCUCCAUCCCGCCCCUCCUCAACUUCCGUACAAUCCCCCAAAUCCGCGACCUCAUCCUCUCACCUGCCUUCCUCGACUCAUGGGUUUAUUUCCGCAACGAAUCAGGACUAGGACCCAACGCGAACACUAAGGCCAAGCCCAGACCAAUGUCCAAAGAAUUCAUAGAUAAGUUAGCAGAACAGACAUACCAAGCCAUGGACUCAAUGGCAUUCUGCCAAUUCGACCGACCAAGCAACGUCAGGACCAUCGACGGAGGUGCAAGGCCCUGGACAUGGAUGACCUAUCUCCAGUGCUGCGUCUACCAAAUCUGCCGAAACCUGGCAUGCCCAGGGCAACCCUUUUCCUCGGCCUUUGAGCGGAAGUGCUUGGCAGUACAAAGCGGUCGCUCGCUCGCCCUGAAUCGGAUUCGUGGCAUCGUCAUGAUCCUCUGCAACCUUAUUUACCGCUACACCACGCUUCCACCCAGCAAUGUCAUUAGAAAAAUUGAGGAAUUACAUCCCGUAGCUGAUCAAGCGAGAUCCCCGAUUCCAGAGAUUAGAAGGAAACACGUGCUUGCGCGGAUGGGGGUUGAGGAGUUGAGAAAGGCGGUGCUGGGCCAGCAGUGGAAGGGAAAGGGGAUGUCAGAAAAGGAGUGGUUGGUGAGUAAGUUGGUGGAGAGGAAUGCUAAAGGGACGAUAAAUGAUCCAGUUGUGAUUGACGGGGAUUCUUCCGAGGUGGUGAUGAAGUCGGCGGGGAAGAGGGGGAGGGAGGAUGAGGUGGGUAGGGAUGGGGUGAAGAAAGCGAGGUUGGCAUGA